AUGCGCCUCUGCGGAUGCUGCCUCGUGGGCGGAGGUCGCAAGUCAUCGGAGACAGAGGAGCCGACGCGACGUAGCGGUUCCCGCGCGUCGAGCGUGUCGGACGAGGGUGGGUUCAAUGAGCCCUCGCCUGAGGUGGUGGCCCGUUUGCGACCAGCGGAUUACCGCGAGCCGCCGCCGCCGCCGCCGCUCACACGCGACCAUCGCGACAAUGAACGAGCGCGAUCCGAUCCUGAUACGCUGUCUGUUUUACAACAGGACUCCGGGGUAGUGGUGAGCGAAGCGAGUCAAGGCUCCAUCGAGGUGCUCGAUAAGUCGACUACCAGCCAAUGGAGCGUAUCUGAAGCGGAGAACGCGUCGGGAGAGGCGAGAGCUCCCGACGCUGAUCCGCGUUGGGACGAUCCCGACGGUAAACAGCCGGACAGUAUGACACCAGACGAGGCGGAGAUAUUGCUCAGCUCGAGACAAGAAGCUCUGCUGUCUGAUGAGCAAGCGCAGGAGAUUGUCGCCAUGUUGUCGCCGCACACUCUACCGCACGACAACGGAGUCUCGCUCAACGACAGCUACCAGUCUGUACUCUCCUAUGAGAGUAUGCAGUCAGUGGACGAGAGCUACGAAUUCGUGUCGUUGGAAGCAGACGCGGGGAUGGCGGGCGGCGACCGUAAGCAGCCGCAGGAGGAGGCCGGGGAUGAAACCGUGGAGGGAGACGCGGAGAGGGAGGGCGGAGUGUUCGCUCAAUAUCCCCCGCAGCAGUUGCGGGAGCUUGGCGAAGAAAAUGGCAUACAUUACUUUGAAGACGGCCAUUUCUAUACAGAGGUCGCCGGCCUGCCGCCAAUAGAAGAAGAUGAGGAUGACGACUAUUACCCGCCAGUAUUUGUAAAGAAGAGUAGUAAAGUUAAGUUCAGCUGUGACCCAAUGAGGGUAUUCUCAACUCAUUCAGUCCGCGAGUACGAUCGUCGCAACGAAGAUGUUGACCCGGUGGCAGCGUCCGCUGAGUAUGAACUGGAGAAACGGGUGGAGAAGAUGCACGUGUUUCCUGUUGAUCUAGUCAAAGGCGCUGACGGAUUGGGAUUGUCCAUAAUCGGUAUGGGUGUUGGUGCGGACGCGGGCUUAGAGAAGCUCGGUAUAUUCGUUAAGACGAUCACAGAGAGCGGGGCGGCCGCGCGAGACGGACGAAUACAGGUCAAUGAUCAGAUCAUAGAAGUGGACGGAAAGAGUUUGGUGGGAGUAACACAGGCAUACGCGGCUUCAGUGUUGCGUAAUACUUCAGGGCCUGUUAAAUUUCUCAUUGGCCGCGAGAAAGAUCCAGAUAACAGUGAAGUUGCACACCUCAUAAGACAGUCGUUAGCGGCCGAUAAGGAGAGGGAAGAGAGAGCGAACAGACAGCGUCGGCAACAAUCUGAAGAAGAGGAACCCGCUCAGCACGCGCCCGCUGAACCGUCAGUGCAAACGCGAAACCCAGAAAUUAACGAGCUGCGGUCUUUCCUACACGAGCUGGUGGGUAUGGAGAACGGAGGCGGUAGUAGCGCGGAGAUUAGCGCUCGUCUACGCGAGUGGUGUCAGCAGCGCGCACCCGAUGAACCUCUUAGGCACGCGCUCUCACACGCCGCGGACACGGCGCACAGGGCGCAGCGGAAAUACGACAAGGCGCGACGUGCGCUUCGGGAGUGGCGUCGCACUCGUGCUUUAGUGCGCGCGCGCGAGGAGUGGUGGAGCGGCGCGCUACGGGACGCACAUCGCGAGUACGCCGCCGCGCUCGCCGCGCUACACGACCGCGUCGCCCGACUAGAGGUGCUGCUACUGGAAACUCAGAAAAAAGCAGGCCUGCCUGUUAUGUUGCCGCAUGAACCCUCAGCACGAAGAGAAACACCGCCUCUUCCACGACGGCCAGAUCCCGAUCCGUUAUUAAUUAAUGAUCCAUGGAGCUCUGACAGCGACCUAUCCGACCUGUCUCCCGUGGAGGACGAGUACGCGAAGGUGGACAAGUCUGCGAACCGGCGCGAACCGCCAGACCUCGGUGACGUGACCGCUACUACGGCAAGUGACGUCAAACCUACCGCCAGCGUAGUCAACGUGACGUCAUCGUCAAACAUCCCGCCUGCAGCAUCUACAACCGCUACGGUGGCUCCUGACGCUACACAGUCUAUGACUACGACGUCAACUAUAGCAGCGACUGUAGCCACCACUAACGUCUCUGAACGAUUAACGUCAACGUCAACGACAAGCGGUAGCGGUUCGGGCGGCGGCGGCGGUAGCGGCGGUGCGUCGCGCGAGUUGGACGCGGCGGUACCGCGCGGCGCGUUGCUGGACACGUCCGCGCACCGCGCGCGCACCGAUCUGGCGCGGCACCGCCCCCACGCCCCGCACUCCACACCACACUCGCCGCACUCGCUCAGCAACGCUAGCUCCUACGACGGCCUUGAUGAUUCGUAUAAUGACUCUGCUGAUGAGUCACUAAGCGAAUCCACAUCUGGCGCUCCUCCUAAUACUGGUCAUUCAACGCGUGACACACGGCAAAGUUGCGGAAGUUCUAUCGGUAGUGCGACAGACGAUGGAAUAUAUUCGCGCGACCACAGGCAUCAUCCGUUGUCAGUCGGCGGCGAGGUGCCGUGGCAGCCGCUCUCUACGGCCGUGUCCGAGACUAGUCUGGCGCCCACGCACUCGGGACAGUACUCCCCGAUGCCGGUCAACCAGUGGACUAAACAACAGGUAUGGCAAUGGGUUUCGGGUUUGGGCGAAGGUUUAGAACGGCACGCAGCUGCGUUUGCCGCGCGCGGCAUUGACGGUGCACUUCUACUAGCGCUCAGCUCUGCGGAUCUGAAACUAUUAGGUCUUGGUAGUGAUGACCGCCGACGAAUGAAGCGCCGACUCAAAGAAUUGCGCAGCGCUCACGAAAAGCAUCUCAAAGCCAUCAAGAAGGCAGAGAAGAAAGCCAAGAAGAAGUAGACGCCGCGACUCAUCCGCGUACACCCUCUCAUCGCACUCAGGGUCAGUUCACAGGAGCUCAUUUACUUUGGCAGAGUAUAUGCGCGUAGAUAAAGCGGCAGCGGAAGAUCUUUAACCUUCAAUAGAGAUUAAACUAUUAUGCACAGUUAAUAAUUGUAUAUUAAUUAAAAAUAAUGUAAACAUUCUCUUCAAAUAGCUAAUUUUUAGUAUAAAAUUUGAAAAGUUGGUAUGCAGAUAUUUGCUUUCCGCUCGCUCCGCUGCCGCUCGGAAAAUGUGAACUAAAAUAGACUAAGCUCGUCAAAAAGAGUAUUUUGGAUCGAAGUGUAAAAUGUAAAUUACAGUAUAGCAAUUUUAAUUUAUUUUUAGUUUAAAUUAAUCAAAUAUGUUUUUCGACCGUAAUAUUCAUCUAUCUAGGUAAUAUUGACGCCAAAAGAAAUAGACACGCAAACCCGCUAUAUAACUAUAUUGCUACUACUUGACUGUAAUUUUCUCUUUUUUCACGAUGAUCUCUUCGCCUUCUUUAUUUUGUUCUUUAUAAUUUCCAACUCAUUUUAUCUACAACCAUUCGCGUUUAUAAUCUUGAUUCUGUUUUAUGUAGUUUGUGUGAAUUGCUGUCAUUCAGUAGAAUUCUUGAACUAUCUAUGGGUUUGUAUUUGUUUAAUUAGUAAAUUCUUUUGUCAAUAUUAUUUAUUAAGUGUUCGUCGAGUUCCGGUGACUGAGCCUGAUUGAUGAGGGUGAUGAUUAUAAUUAGCUGUGUCCGAUAGCGUUUGGAGUGCCAUCUGACCUAUAGCUUAGAAUUUAGAAACGUUAGUGCUGCUUCGAACGAAGAAACGAAUCUAAUGUUAAUCGAAAUUAGGUGUAAGUGAUUAAGCAACAGGACAAUUAGAAAAAAUAAAAUUUAGACUGUCUAAUUAAUCUAACCCAUUAUUGUAUUUAAUCUGAAACUGAUAUUGCGUUGAUUGUAUUAAUGAAAUUCUUCGUUGUUCCUACGUUUUGUAUUAAUUGUGACAGAUUUCCUUCAAGUUCGGAAUGAAUGGACUAUAGGGAAAAUACUGACUUAAUCUAGUCAUAAGAUGAAUUGUAAACUGUUUGGAAAUCAUCAAUACUUCGACACCUUUCUUAGAAAUUUUCAUAUAUAAUUAUAAGGUAAUUAAGAUAAAAUUGUCAUGUCACGUACCUAUUAUUAUGUCAGACUAUGUAUUACUAUACAUUUAACUUAUUUUAGAUUUCGUAAUCAUAAAACAAUGCGAAUUGAUUUUGGUUACUUUGGCAUUUAAUUUCAAUAUGUAUUGCACAAAAUGUACUUAUGAAUAUGGUGACAUAUUAAAUGUUGCCAAUCUUAGUAUUUAAAAUUAUAAAAAUAGUAAAGUUUCGUGAAGUAUGUGAUCUCAUUCCAUGUAAGAGUACCGCUACCUAUCCAUCUCACCCGAGUCGCAGUACAUCUUAUUGAGGCAACUAUUAUUCAUAUAUGGUUUGUGAUGAUAUGGCAAGUUUUCAUUUUUUUUAUACAUUCCAAUAUACAUUUUUAUCUUUGAGUAGCAUCGAUCUGUGUGAGUUUUGAUAUUUUAGUAACUUUUUAGUAGUUUCUCUUUAAGUGACUUUAAUAUGUUAUAUCCAGAGUUACUGCUGUCUGUGUAGUUAUGUAUGUUUGGUUUAUUUCUUAGCCAGAUGUCAUGUAAAUAAGUCUCAAAUUUAGACUGAAUGGGACUACCGAAGAAUGUUUGAAAUGCCGUGUGACUGUAUGUAUAUUUAAAAUAUUUAUUUCGAUUAAGAUUUAAUAAUAAAUAUAAGUAGAGUCCAUUAACCAUUGCCAAAAUUGAACAGUAAUUGUUUGAUAUUGUUGAUUUAUUAUUUUACUUUCCUUUUAAAUUAUGUUAAUAUUUAUUUUGGGACCAAAUUAAUUUAUUGUGAACUUACUUAUUUUAUGUAUUUUGGGUGUGUUCAGAUGAAAGAUUUUUAUUUAUAAUUUAAUAAACAAACCAAAGUCUAAAUCAUAUUGUUUUUGCUGUUAUAUUCAGUGUGAACAACAUGUAUAUUAUGUGAGGUGAUGAUGGAAAAUAUAGUCUGCAGUGU